CGCAUGCGCCUUCUGCCCUUUGAAUUAAUAUUCAACAGAAUCGUCUUGAGGUGGGCGUCUUUCGGCAGGCUAAAUUGUUUUUAUUUUCUUUAAAAUAUCACCCACAGUCUUUCUCUUGACAUCCUGCAUCGAGCAUCAGUAUGGUAUCGAGCGGCUAUUUGCAAGCGGUGAUGCUGCUAUUAGCCGUGCAGCUCCUGUGUUUUAGGCCAAGUGAUGCGGAGCAGGAGGCAGGGACAGUAAUCCCUGCUGAAAGUCGGCCCUGUGUGGACUGUCAUGCAUUUGAAUUCAUGCAGAGGGCACUACAAGACCUUAAGAAGACUGCUUUUAACCUUGAUGCCCGGACUGAGACCCUGGUGUUGAGGGCAGAGAGGCGAGCCCUGUGUGACUGCAUGCCCACUAAUACCCUGCGCUAAGUGGAGUAGUGAUGUGCCCCCCCCAUGGCAACCAACCAACCCCACACCCCCAAUGGCCGGACACUUACUUUUACCCACUACAAACAACGCCUGGACUAGACAGUUGUCUCUCUGAGCUUCCUUCAUAUGGAAUAUUGUACCAUUUAGUUUGCUAAUUUGUACAACAGACACUUUAUUUUCUUUGCUAACAUAUCACUAUUGAUAUUGCAGUGGUUUAAUUAUUUAAAGAUAAGAUUUCAUUUUAUGAGUUUAGAUAAGCCAGUCAUGCGUUACUAUGGCAUGUAGGGCAAAGCCAACAACAGCUAGCCUAUUGUCCCAGAACUCAUGUCCAUGUCUUAUCUGAGGGAUUGUCUUAUCUGAGGGAUUGUCUUAUCUGAGGGAUUUUGUGAAAUAAAAUACGAUUUACACUUUACACAUUUAAGUUAAAGAAAAAACACUUUCAAUUUGGAUGUAACCUAUCACAAAACCUAUAAUUUGUGCUAUAGCAUAGUAGAUCUGUAUAUAGGUUCAAUGGACAGACUCCUUUUAUUAAAUGUGUGCCAAUAUGAUCAGGAUAAUUCACAUAUACAUAGAUACACGCAAAGCAGCAGCAUUACAUUCAAAAUAGUUGUUAAUUCAUAAUAACAUAACAAGUGUCUUGGAAAGUUAUCUUUUAUUGGCGUGGCAACACCAGGCCUUUAGAAUAAGUGUACUUUUUAGGUGUAUGUGGUACCAUGCAUGUUUAUAGGGUGUAGGCCUACACUCAUCUCAACCAGUUGUUUAUGGCAAUCAGUUGUCUGAGGCACUUCAUCCUUUGUUAUAUUCAUCAUAUCUUUUGUCUUUAUUCUGUCUAUCUGAACUGUAUGAAGAUAAGAGAGUUGGAUGAUGUAGCGGUCAGGAGAAUAUAGACAAACAAACGCAUAUUUACCACUAAGACAUAGGGACUGUAGAAUAUUGACAUUGUAUUGCUAAAAUGGUAACUACAGAGGAGAAUUAUUAAUGAUAAUAAUGCUUUGUGUUUGUGUUGUUGCUUUUUUUGUUUCAAUACGUCAAUAAGCUGCUUUUAGUAAUGUCUUGUAUGUUUUAUUUGGUAUUAAAGUCAUAACUUUCGUCACUGUC